CACAAUCCAUUGUCUAUUGGUUUCCAAUACUACUUCCUGUUGUUAGACCACCACUACUACUGCUAAUAGUACAUUAGCUCGUGUUUAUCGUAGCAGACUAGUUUCUGUAACCACAUGUGAAGCUAGAAACAGAAUGACUAUCCAUUAUUCAUCCAUAUAUAUCUAUAUAGACUCCCAUAGUUGAUAUGGUGUGAUGGGAAAAAGGAAAAGGCAGCAUUGUCUUCCGAUUCCCCUAGAGUGACCUCCCUUGUCUGCCACGGGCACCGACUCCUUGACUGCUGCGGAACAAAGGAGUGUUUGCUUUGUCUUUCAACUAAAUUACAUCCUACGGAAAUAUUUCUUCCCUAAUCUGCCGAUCAAUCGAUUAAUUUUAUAACAUUAUAAAUUAUUUAUUAUCUGUUUAAUGUAACAAAUCAUUUAAUCGUUAUAAAUUUCUUUCCUAUUAUAUGCAAAAUUAAAUUCACCAUUAUCAGCGACAUUCUCUUGCCAAAGUGCUCGACCUUUUAGUUUUCCGCAAUCAUCGUCAUUGUUCUUGUUUAAAUAACAUCAGUGAUGUGUAUAAUUAAUUUAAAUUAAUUACAACCGUUUCCGAAGUUCUUCAUUUACGUCUAUGAAUUAACACCAUUCGGACAGGUUAUUAUCUGUUAUGCCAGACGAUUGCUCCAUUACAACUUGAAGUACAACUCAGUGAAAACUUUUCUACUGGUGAACAGAAAAUACAUCUACGCUGCAUAUUUCCCACGCUUGUGAACGGACGUCUGUCUCAUAUCAAAGACAAGGAACUGAAUUUUUAUAGAUUAUAUUUGCAAGACAUUUCUUAGCUCUUAAGAAAGAAUACUUCAAGAAUAUUGGUAUGGAGGACAUUAAUCACUUUGACAAUUCUGAGACAAUUGUCUUUAAUGAUAUAGAGACAGUUACACUGACAGAUAGAGAUGAGAAACCUUUAUAUAGCGAAACAUUUACCAAUCAAAGAUCUUUAUAUGAAGAUCUUCCUCGAUAUUCUUGUGAGAUUUGUAGGAAAACUUUCACUUCUCAAUUAGAUAUCUUCAUGCACAAAGAAAUACACAAUAAGGAAAAAACAUUCCGCUGUGAAAUAUGCGGAAAAUAUUUUGUGUCUACCAGUGUGUUGACAAAGCAUAAAUUAAUCCACACUGGCGAAAAACCAUUCCACUGCGACAUCUGUGGAAAAUCGUUCACUCAGAAUUCUAACUUAGUCGUUCAUCAAAGAAUACACACCGGAGAAAAACCGUACGAGUGCGACUUGUGUGGAAAAUCUUUCGUGAACAAAUCUCAUCUUGUAACCCAUAUACGUAGCCACACUGGAGAAAAACCUUUCCAUUGUGAAAUAUGCGGCAAAGCGUUCAGCACUAACUUCCUCUUGAAGACGCACAGACAAAUCCACACGGGACAGAAACUUUUCCACUGUGAAAUCUGUGGAAACUCUUUCACUCAAAAUUCACACCUUGUCAUCCACAUACGGAGUCAUACAGGAGAAAAGCCCUAUCAUUGUGAAAUAUGUGAGAAAUCGUUUUUAACAAACAGCCAUUUAAAAAGACACAAACGAAUCCACAGUCGAGGAAAACCAUUUAACAGUGAAACAUGAGGCAUUCUUAUGCUGCGAAUCUGAACUCGAAACCCCAACCUUCGUAGGUAGAUUGGUGGUUGUUUGUCGGAAAUAAUUGACUUUGAAGUUCCAUCUCAUAUAUCUAGAAGUGUGUUCUCAUUGAAGAAAAAUCUUUUCUCUAAUACAAUGAUUCUUAACCAUUUUUUUGUUUUUUUAGCACCAACCCGCCCCCACCUCUUUUAAGUAGUUGUUAAUCCCUGCCCCCAUCUCAGUGGUGAGUGAGAUAUCAUGACUAAACUAACUUAACCCAUUAGGAUUUAAUCCAGUUAUAUCCAGCCCAAAUAUUUUCCUUAUUUUAUGCUCAAAUCAGCCUAAUCUGGCCUCUCACGCCUACCCUACAUUGUCAUUCUAAAAAUAAAGUAUUAUAUCAUCAAAAACUCGAAGCUACAAGAUAAAGCAUAACUAAUUUAAAACAAUUAAUUCAAACAAUGUGAAUGGAUAAGUUUUACAUCUGACAGAAAAAUCUGAAUCAUAAAGGAUUAACAUGGAUGAUCCCUUAUAGAUUUCACUCCAAAAAUGAAUUACAUAAGCUUUAAACAGUGAAAUGACAAUAAAAAAUUAAUGAAGACAAAAACUGUAAAUUUACUUUACACAUUGCAUGUUAUAUAAAAUUAAAAUUUAAUUAUUUCAAAAAAUAUAACAUUAAAAAUCAAUUUUUCUUGUUCAAA